GAUGUAUGUGUGUGAUGCAGUCGGGGACCCAGAUGGUGAAGUUGAAGGCUGGUUCCAAGGGGCUGGUGAGACUGUUCUACCUGGACGAACAUCGCUCAUGCAUCCGAUGGAGACCCUCACGCAAGAGCGAGAGGGCCAAGAUCACCAUUGAUUCGCUGUACAAGGUGACGGAGGGCCGUCAGUCAGACAUCUUCCACCGCCAUGCGGAGGGCAGUUUCGACCCGGCCUGCUGUUUCACCGUUUACCAUGGCAACCACAUGGAGUCCCUAGACCUGGUGACCUCUAACCCUGAAGAGGCUCGUACCUGGGUGACAGGACUACGAUACCUGAUGGCUGGCAUCAGUGACGAGGACUCACUGGCCAAACGACAACGGACACAUGACCAGUGGAUGAAGCAGACGUUUGAGGAGGCUGAUAAGAACGGAGAUGGUCUGUUGAACAUGGAGGAGAUCUACCAGUUACUGCACAAGAUGAACGUCAACCUGCCCCGCAGGAAGGUCAAACACAUGUUCCAGGAAGCGGACUCAGACGACCAACAGGGCACGUUGACGUUUGAGGAGUUCAGCGUGUUCUAUAAGAUGAUGUCACUACGGCGGGACCUGUAUCUGCUGCUCAUGGGAUACAGCGACAGGAAGGACCACCUGACUGCCGACGAGCUGGCCAACUUCCUACGCAACGAACAGAAGAUGAUGAAUGUGACCACAGAAUACUGUCUGGAUGUCAUUGAUAAGUUUGAGCUUUCUGAAGAGAACAAACAGAAAGGCAUUCUGGGAAUUGAGGGUUUCACCAGUUUCAUGCGCAGCCCCACGUGUGAUGUGUUUAACCCUGAACACCAUGAGGUGAACCAGGACAUGGAUCAGCCUCUGAGUAGCUACUACAUCUCCUCGUCUCAUAACACCUACCUGACGGGAGACCAGCUGCUGUCUCACUCCAAGACAGACAUGUACGCCUGGGUACUACAGGCUGGCUGCCGCUGUGUGGAGGUGGACUGUUGGGAUGGUCCUGAUGGAGAGCCCAUGGUUCAGCACGGCUACACUCUGACCUCCAAGAUCACCUUCAAGUCUGUCAUAGAGACCAUCGACAAAUACGCCUUCAUCAACAACCGGUACCCAGUGAUCCUGUCCAUAGAGAACCACUGUUGCAUCCAACAACAGAAGAAGAUAGCCCAGUACCUCAGAAAGAUCCUGGGAGACAAGCUGGACCUGGGAGAGACUUUCCACAGAGACUCUAAACAACUACCCAGCCCUCACUGUCUACAGGGGAAGAUCCUCAUCAAGGGGAAGCGGCUCCCUCUGUACCUGUCUAUAGACGUUGAGGAGGGGGAGGUGUCAGAUGAUGACAGUGCUGACGAGAUUGAGGACGACUUUAAACUGAAGAACAGCAAUAGUAAUGGUAACCAUCAAGUAGAAAGUUACAUCAGGAAGAAGCUGGACUGUCUUUUGAAGGAGUCUCAGAUCGGAGACAAGGAGGACACAGACAGCUUCAGCAUCAGAGCCUUGCUCAGAGCCACACACGUAGGCCUGCAGAAGAACCUAACGAAUCACAAAGAGGGACUUAAAAAAUCCCAAAGUCGAUCCUUCAUCAGCAACCUAAAGCAAAAGAGACACUCCAAGUCCAGGCUGAAGUCCCAGAGUAUGGAUGGAGAACAGGAAGGACAGGAGACCUCUGGGAGAGAGGCGGGAGGACAGAUCACCAGGGGAGAGGGAAAGAGGAAGACGAUUAAGCUGAGUAGAGAUCUGUCAGACCUGGUGGUGUUCACUAACUCUGUGGCCUCUCCGGAGGGACUGGAUGACUGUACUCCGGGGAAUGUUCUGUCGUUCAGUGAGACUCGUGCCCAGCAGCUAGUGAACCACAGAGCCGAGCGCUUCCUGUGUUUCAACCAGCGACAGCUGUCUAGAAUCUACCCCUCAGCCUACCGUAUAGACUCGUCCAACUUCAACCCUCAGCUCUACUGGAAUGUGGGCUGUCAGCUGGUGGCUCUGAACUACCAGACAGAGGGUCGGAUGAUGCAGCUGAACAGAGCCAAGUUCAUGGUGAACGGUGACUGUGGCUACGCCCUCAAACCUCCACCCAUGUGUAAAGGCUCGUUCAACCCGUUCUGUGAUGACCCCCUCCCUGCCUAUCCCAACAAACAGCUGGUACUGAAGAUCAUCAGUGGACAGCAGCUUCCCAAACCACCAGACUCUAUGCUGGGGGACCGAGGAGAGAUCAUUGACCCGUUUGUAGAGGUGGAGAUCAUCGGCCUGCCGGUGGACUGCUGCAAGGGGCAGACACGAGUAGUGGACGACAACGGUUUUAACCCCGUGUGGGAGGAGAACCUGUCCUUUACCCUCCACAUGGCGGAGGUGGCUCUGGUGCGUUUCCUCGUCUGGGACCACGACCCCAUUGGACGGGACUUUGUGGGCCAGAGGACCGUAGCCUUCGGCAGCCUGAUGCCAGGUUAUAGACAUGUGUACUUGGAGGGGUUGACUGAGGCGUCCAUCUUUAUCCACGUAUCAGUUCAUGACAUCUAUGGGAAGGGUCGUCAGCUGCGAGGCAUCAGAGGUUUGUUCAACAGGUCCUCUAAGUCGUCAGUAGACACCAGCUGUGGUUCGGCCCUCAGGAAACGCUCCAUCAGCGACCUCCUCCUCCGACGCACCGCCAGCGCCCCCACCAACCGACGCAAGAAAUCCAAGAUGAAGCUCGCUGAGUCCUCCACCUCCAUAUCAGACCGCAAGGCCUCCACAUCAGACGGCAAGGACAGAGUGGGGGCCGGGGAAGGGUCUGGGAGGGUCUGGGAGGGGUCCAAGGACAGUGAAAGGGACAGAGAGAGGGUAAUGGUGGAGAGAAGCCCCCCACCUCACGCCCCCCUCUCCCACAGACCCAUCUCCAUGCCUCUGGAGAGGCUACUGCAGGGACAGCUCUCCCUCUGCUCCCCCGACCAGGAGCAGACUGACCUGGGUGCAGACACACUCAUCGGAACCUCCCCCUUUGAUCGGCCCAGGUCCCACUCUGUGGAACUCCUCAUCGAAUCAUCCGCCUCCCUUGAACACAGUGUGCCCAUCCCUUCCACCAAUCACAACAACACGCGGGAUAGGACCACAGAGCUUGACCAAUUAGACGAGACCUCCUACCUGGUCAUUGGCCAAGGAGGAGGAAGUGUAGAUGGUGACUCCAGAGAGCAAUUAAAGGACAGAGUCAACCCACCCAUCAAAGCUGAGGGCAUUUCCUCUCGCCAAAGGACGUUGUGUUACCUAAGCAGGUCAACAAAGACAGAGAGCAACUGUUUACACGUACCUACUGAGAGCAGACCAGAGACAACAUUACAUAGUACAACAAACACGCCAGCACCUUCCUCCUCUUCUUCUUCCUCUGUCCCCUCUUCCUCUGUGCCCCCCCUCUCCCCACUCAACGUGGAUCGGUCCGAUCUUCAGAGCCCCGUCUCCCGGCAGGACAGCACCAUCUCGCGACUCAUUGAUGCCGUAUCCCUCGGCAACGACACCAGCUGCGGCUCGAUCUCUGCUCUGAUUGGCCAGUUUGACCUCACCGCUGACCAGAAUGACCUCACAACGAACUCUGACCCCCACGUCCUCAGUGUCAUGUCCUGUCUGUUCCAUCCCACUGUCCAGGACUCCAGCACACCCUAUAAGGUCACCGUGGACUGUACCACCCCAUAUAAAGACCCACAGACCACCACCUCCCCACGCAAGGCAACAAACGGAACUAUCACUCCUCGAAAGGCAAGCCAGACCCCUAACCAAGCAAACCACAACCUACUCCCACCCCACCCCAAGACCUCCCACGCAGCCCCUGCCCCCCUUCUCUUCUCCAGUCCUGAGACCACGGAGCUGGAGGAGGUCUAUACCAUCCUGGAUGAGGAGGUCUUGUCUCCAGUCUCUGUCUACAACCUGAGGGAGCACACCGUAGGCAACAUCCAGGCUGACUCUGAGGAGAGCACACCCAUGGGCAGCCUGGAGCCAUCCCCAACCAAGGUGCCUCCUCGCCUGGGGGCAGAGGACAGCUGGGUGGGCUCACGUAGGGGUGUAGUGGAAGUGGACGAGCCAGGACAGGGCUAUGGGGGUGUCAGUGAUCCUACAGAGCUGGGGUCAGGGGGGGAGUGGGGGUCGUCAUGGGGUUACAGGUGCCCAUCUGUCAACAGCACAGUGUCUGACAGGUUGCUGUUGUGCCAGGACUCAGCAGGAAGUCACCUGAUGGAGGUGGAGAUUAACGUGGACGAGGAUCCACUGGAGAUUACCCUCACUUUACCGAGACACAACUGCACCUGGGUCGCUACCAGCCCAACCAAACAAUACGCUGCUCCCCAGUUUAACCAACUAAUCCCCUCUCACCGGUACGAACCCCAACUCUCCCAGUGUCCUUCCCCCCUCGUACAAUCCUCACACCAGACCUCCCCUCGCAACACCCCAUCAAUAACCCCUCAAACCCAGCCCCCCCUCUUCGAAAGGCCACCCAACCCCAGCGCCCUCCGCCUGAACAGCCACCCCUCCACCCACAGCAGGACUGAGCUCUCCUUUGAGAACAGCAGAGACAUUACCAGAGCCUACACCCAGCAGCACAGCUACAGUGGACCCACCCAGGCCCAGACCAGGGGCUACCAGGGUGGGCACACCCAGCCACAGACCAGGGGCUACCAGGGUGGGCACACCAGGGGCUACCAGGAUGGGCACACCCAGGACCAGACCAGGGGCUACCAGGAUGGGCACACCCAGGACCAGACCAGGGGCUACCAGGAUGGGCACACCCAACUACAGACCAGGGGCUACCAGGAUGGGCACACCCAGCUAAAGACCAGGGGCUACCAGGAUGGGCACACCCAGGACCAGACCAGGGGCUGCCAGGAUGGGCACACCCAGGACCAGACCAGGGGCUACCAGGGUGGGACAGGGGAAGGUCAGGAUCAGUGUGAAGCAUCAACCUGCUUCCAGAAUGGGUUUUCCUCCUCUGAGUGUCUGACUGGUCUGUCUAGUAUGUCUGGUUCAAGGUAUGUUAGCUUCCCAAGAGACCGAGGCCUUUACUCCCCUAUCUCAGACUGUGAUGUGGCCUACAGCCAUCUAGACUACAACUGCUUCAGGCCCUCCGCUGCCUCGGCAUCCCCCUACACCCAUCUGCAACCCCAGCCCCAAUCAAAUACCCAGCCUCUACCCCAGGCCCAACCCCAAUCACACACCCAACCCCGACCCCAAUCACACACCCAGCCCCAGUUCCAACCCCGUUCUGGCCCCCCUCCGCUGCCCCUCUCGGGCCCAACCCUUGCCCCUCCUCUACCUAUCCCCAGACCACCCACAGCCCCCAGCCCCUGCAAGUCCAAGUCUCUGGGUGACCUGACAUCAGAGGACAUCUCCUGCAACUUCCACAGCAAGUACAACAUCAUCAGCCGCAGCUUUAUCACCCCCUGUAUGAAGGAGCGGAGGAGGAUGAGGGGCCUGGGAGGUCUGUCCCAACGCCUGCAGUCUGCAGACCCCCUCACUGAGCAGCUCCGCAAACUAGUCACCCUGGAGGGGGAUGACAGAGACCGGGACAGACUCCAGUCUCCCCAGCUGCCCCAGUUACCUCAGUUACCCCUCAAACCCUUCAUUCCCCCAACACGCCCCUGCCCCCCCUCAAACUUUGUCCCUGAUGCCCAGGAGGACUCCCCCCCGCUCCUCUCCCGCCGCCUUUCCUCUCGGAGCCAGAGCCGUGUGCGUCACAUCAACAACCGCGCUCGAGAGAGGCAGCAGGAGGCUCUGAAGUCCCGGGACAUGAGCGCCCCCUCCAGCGUGGGAGGGGUAGUGCUGCGUACUAAAGUAGCAGCAGGUCAGAACCCCCCAGCUAACAGACACUCCACAGGCUCUUACAUAGCGGGCUACCUGGACCAGCUGGAGGACAGGGGGCUGCCUGAGGGGGCAUGCAACACACUGGGGUACGGAUACGGAGAUCACUAUGGUGAUCAUUAUCAUGAUGACUCUCUGCUGCCCACAGACUCCUGUAUAAGAUCAGAACCGGAAGUCUACUUCCUGCUCAGACUCUGAACCCACUUCCUGGUUAUCAGGAAUGAUGCAUAAUGUACUUCCAGAACACAGAAAAUCAGCUUCCUGCUUAUAACCGAGAAAAAACUAAAAUAUAUAUCCUGGUUGGUCUGUCCAGUAAUACAGGUAUGAAGUUAACUACCUGAUUGGGUCUGACAUUUUGUCUGUGAAUGUAAAAAUGUCCUGAUCAGAAUGUUCUGUAAAUGUAAUUUGGAACAGACUGUAAACCACUUCCUACUUUGA